UUCCUUUGGGAACACCACACGAGUUCCUUCCUUUGGGAACACCACACGCCACUGAUUAUCACACAGAAGCACGAGAACGUCACAUGACGGGAAUGUGUAGCUCGCUUCAGUCAGCUGCGCUGCUGUGUGAUCAUGGCGGAUCCGGAAGGAGAGUCACUCGAGUCCUGGCUGAACAAAGCCACCAAUCCUUCUAACAGACAGGAGGAAUGGGAGUACAUCAUUGGGUUCUGUGACCAAAUCAAUAAAGAACUUGAGGGCCCACAGAUCUCGGUCAGAUUAUUAGCACAUAAGAUCCAGUCACCACAGGACUGGGAAUCUUUACAGGCACUAACUGUUUUAGAAGCUUGCAUGAAGAACUGUGGGCGAAGAUUUCAUAAUGAAGUUGGGAAAUUUCGAUUUUUAAAUGAACUCAUCAAAAUAGUUUCACCAAAGUAUCUGGGAGAGCGAGUAUCUGAACGAGUGAAGACUAAAGUAAUAGAGUUGCUUUACAGCUGGUCAGUUGCUUUACCAGACGAGGCAAAGAUUAUAGAGGCCUAUCAAAUGCUAAAGAAGCAAGGCAUUGUAGCAGAGGACCCAGAGGUUCCUGUGGACAAGACCCUGGUUCCCUCGCCAAAGCUGAAGAAUCCAGUGUUUGACAAUGAGGAAAAGAGUAAGCGUCUUGCAGAACUUCUUAAAAGUAAAAAGCCAGAGGAUCUUCAAGAAGCCAACCGCAUUAUCAAGAACAUGGUCAAAGAGGAUGAGGCUCUCCAGCAGAAAGUCUCCCAUCGUGCCGGCACCCUAGAGGAAGUAAACAACAGUGUGAAGCUCCUUAAUGAGAUGCUAAGUCACUUUAAAAAAGAGGAGUCAACACAGGAAGACAAAGAACUACUAAAAGAUCUGUAUAAUGACUGUGACAAACUUAGAACUGCUGUCUUCAGACUCGCCACCGAGACGGACGAUGACGACUGUGCCUUAGGUGAUAUUUUGCACGCUAGUGAUGAUCUCUCGCGAGUCAUCAACUCUUAUAAAAAGAUUGUUGAAGGACAGACCGUUGUGAUUGACAUACCAGGAUCGACGGCUUCUGAACGCACCACUGACAGAACCUCUUCUGAAAUUCUGAUUGAUUUGGCUGAUUUGGACUCUGGAACCCCUUCACCGCUUAAAAAUGUUUUGCCUUCUCCGAAGCACUCCGAUUCUCUAGCAGCCGACCUCCUCACACUGACUCCUUCAGUUGGAGCUCAGCCUUCCUCUUCCAACACAUCCUCUGGAUCAUCAAGUUUCCAAACCAGUCCUCCAUCAAGCCAGCUUCCCAGCAGCUUCUCUCUUCUAGAUGACGAACUUGGUUCAUUAGGCCUUACUAAUCUGGACUCAAACUUAAGCAAGUCAGCAGAAAAGAAUAUAAAAGAAGCCCAAAGCAAUCAAUGGAUUUCUUCACAAACUACCAAACCAGCGAUUGACCUCCUCUGCAGCUCUUCUCCAUUAACUCCUCCCGUCUCCACAGCGCCACCUGCCUCUGAAGCUACCUCAGUCUUUGAAAACUCCUUCCAACAAAGCUGCAGAGAUUUUGCUAUGCUGGACCUGGACAAGACCAAUAGCAGCCAGUCCGAUUAUUCAAGCUUGGAAGACAGAGAAGUUAGAGCUGGAGAAGAGAGCGUCCAUCCUGCAUUAGCCACGUUCAGUUUGCCCGCUGGAAUAACACCAGUGCCUUCUGCUUUAACCUCUGCCAAACCUCAGAGCUUUGCGCCGGACAGCCCUCUCUUCAGAUCCCUCUCUCCAACAUUACCCACCAGUCAUUCCCCCUCAGGCUCGGAUGUCUCCCUGACCGGUGUCUUUGUCCCACUGGAGGCCAUUAAACCAAGCUUAGUACUGUGUGUCACUUACACAGGUAAGGAGUGUCCAGUGACGGCCUGUGAUAAGGAUGGUGUUCGUGUGCUGCUGCACUUUGCCACCGACCACCCGCCUGCUCGCCCUGAUGUUCUGGUGGUCGUGGUGUCCAUGCUGAACACGGCACCACUGUUGGUGAAGAACGUAGUGCUUCAGGUUGCCGUGCCAAAGUCUAUGAAAGUGAAGCUGCAGCCCCCUUCUGGGACAGAAAUGACCCCGUUUAACCCCUUCAUGCCCCCCAGUUCCAUAACUCAGAUCAUGUUGCUGGCUAACCCACAGAAGGAGAAAGUGAGAAUGAGGUACAAGCUGACCUUCGUCCUUGGAGAUCGACAGGUCACAGAGUCUGGAGAGAUGGACAAGUUCCCUCCAGUGGAAAAAUGGGGUCAUUUGUAGCCGUGUAAGCAUUACUACUUGUGAAGACAAAUGAUAAUCUCAAGUGUGUGUGUAAGUGCAUGGAUGAGCUAUCAGCAAUGAGUGAUAUAAUGAUAUAAUGUCCAGGACGUUACCUUUGACACACUGGGUGUUAGACUUGUGAAUCCCAAUCUCUGAGUAAUCCCACAAAUGUCUUGAUGUAUUGGUCUUGGUCAUUAGGUACUGUUGUCAUUAAUAUAAAUACGUUGCCUAUGAGCAUAAUGGGUCAUUUUAUUGUUAGCCACAACUAAACUAUCCAACUCAUACCUCACCCUAAAAGCAGUGGAAGGGUAAUGUGAUAGCACUGGACAUGUUACAUCUCUUCUUUCUAUGUGCUUUCCUUGAUGUGAUGCAUUAGUUGUGCUUUGUGAGUUUUAUUAAUGUUUUUCCAGAAUUUUACAUAUUUAUUUUAUUACUAUCCAGACUUGUGGUGUUUGACACGGCUAGUUUAAGGCCAAAUUCAAUUAGUUUUACAUCAGAUAACAGCCCCACAAAGAUGUGUGUGAAAGAUGGCGCAAAGCAUACUUCGACUUCUGUGUUUUUGGAUGAAUGCAAUGUAUCGUUUCGCUUUAUUUGCUUUAACGCAGUCGGAAGGAAUCACUUAUAUAACGUUUUCUGAUUUCUGAUGUACAUAAUUGGAGAGGAAGUUGUUUUGAUGUUUUGGAAACUUUACAUUUUGGGGUUAUUAAAGAUGCCAUUAUUUAUAUUCUAAACAUUGACUGUUAAAAUUGAAGUGUAUUGUUACAGAAGGAAGGAACGAUUUUUUCUUUCUUUAGGUCAGCCUUUUUUGCUUUGCUUUUUGUUUUACAGCAGUUGCCUCAGUAUUGUUUUGCUUUACUGGAUGUGUGUGUGUGUGUGUGUGUGUGUGUGAGAGAGAGAGAGAGAGAGAGAGAGAGAGAGAGAGAGAGAGAGAGUUGAGGAAAUUCAUAUUAAUAGAAUUUACUUUAUUUCAAAGAAGAGCUUCAUGAAUCUUCCAAUGAUGCGGUUGUUUUUAGAUUAAAGUAAAAUUUGCAAUUCAACACAAUGUAUACAGUUUUAAAGACAAAUAAAUAUAUUGUUUUGAA